AUUAUUUAAAAAAAUAUGAAUUUUAUAAACUGUUGUCGGUUGUGUCUUAAGGAUUUAGUCGUUGACAGCAACUUCAUUGAGGAAUUUUUCUCAAUUGACGAACUUAUAUCUGAUGGCCGGACGCUUCAACAAGUUGUGACCGAGUGCUUCCAAAUUUUGUUUGCAGAAAAUGAGACAAUUACCAAAGUGUGCGAGCAAUGUGCGAAAAAUGUGCAGCUGGUUUAUCGUAUACGGAAAACAAUACACGAUACAGAUGAUACAGUUAAAACAUAUUAUAGUGAAAUCGAUGACAAAAGUAACAUCGAAAUAUUGGACAUCGUAACCGAAGAGUCAAUUGUGAUGCAAGAUGAAAACUCACGUGACACAAAUUCGGAGCCAGUUAAGCUGGAAACUAACACUUCUCCAAAUCAGCUGAUUCUGGAGACUGAACAUCACAUUGAACCAGCAAAAAAGAACGUUAAAAAAGUAAAAACUAAAAUCACAAAACUCGCCAGAAGCAAGCCAACAUAUACGUGUUACAUUUGCACAACUGACUUUGCUACUUUGAACGAGUUGGAUUUGCAUCUGCCUUCACACAUCGGAAUUUCCCAGGAAUGCCAUUUGUGCAAUUUAAAAGUGACAACAGUUAGGCACUUGAAUAACCACCUUAAGCGUUUGCACUUCAGGACGGGAAAAAGAAUUCCGUGCAAAGAGUGCCAAGACCAGGGCUCGGCUGUUGAAUUUUCGUCAAAUUUCAAACUAAGAGAUCACAUCCUUCGCGUGCACAGAGGAAUCGUCGGACCUCCGGAGCGUAAAUUUAUUUGCUCGUAUUGCGGGAAAAAAUUCAGCCGAUCGUCUCAUCUAAAAUCGCACGAAAAUGAUGUCCACACGAAGGCUAUCGUCUUCAAGUGUAACUAUUGCACCAAAUUUACAGCAACUUCGCGCUGCUCCUUACUUCGUCACGAGAGAACUCACACCGCCGAAAAGCCAUUCAAAUGCGACGAAUGUGGCGCAGCAUUCAACCAAUCCAACGCGGUCAAGUUACAUAAAACUCUCAAGCAUAGUGACGAGCGACCUUACCAGUGUACGUUUUGUGACGCCACAUUUAAAGGGAAAUAUGUUUUGAAACGGCACCUUGAACUGCAUGAGCAGAAGAAUGACGUCCGGAAGAGAUCUCCCAGAGGAGUUCGGCAGAAGAGAAUCAGGAAGAAGGCUACGGAAGCGGAUCCGUCGAGCGAAAACUAAUGGCUUAGUUUUUAGCUCUGUUAUUUGGAACAUGAAAUAAAUGUAAUACAUAUAAGUUAUUAUAAUAAUU